ACGGGGAAACCACACCCCAGGACGGGCAGGAGUGCAGGACCCCCGACGCCGCCACCAUGGAUGCCGCCGCCGCGGCCGCCGCACCACGCCGCCUCCGCGCCUUCAAGCGAUGGAUGCGCGCGCACGGCGUCGUCUGCAGCGACGCGCUCCGCCUCGACGCCUCCGAGGCCGGCGGCGUCCACGUGCGCGCGGUCGCGCCGCUCCGCGAGGGCGACCUGGUCACCACCAUCCCGCGGCACGCGUGCCUCACCCCGCGCACCACCGGCGCAGCGGGGGCCAUCGAGGCCGCGGAGCUCGGCGGAAGCCUCGCGCUCGUCGUCGCCGUCAUGUACGAACGCGCUUGCGGCGCAGACUCGCCGUGGGACGCCUACCUCCGCCUGCUCCCCGACCACGAGUCCGUGCCGCUCGUGUGGCCCGCUGACGAGGCAGAGCGCCUCCUAGCCGGUACCGAGCUAGACAAGAUAGUAAAGCAAGACAGGGAAUUCCUUUGUGAGGACUGGAAGGAAUGCAUUGAGCCUCUCAUGUCAUCUGGAGAGCUGGAUGUGGACCCAGAUGAUUUUAGCCUAGAAAAAUAUUUCUCUGCAAAGACUCUUGUUUCUUCAAGGUCCUUCCAGAUAGAUAGCUACCAUGGAUCUGGCAUGGUUCCCUUGGCUGACCUUUUCAAUCACAAGACUGAUGGUGAACAUGUACACUUCACGUCUGAGUUAGAUGCAGCAGACUCAAACAGUGAAGAUGAUGAUGACCAAAGCGAUGCAUCUGCUGAUGACCAGUCGACUAUAGAAAAUUCCACCAAUUCUUCAGGCACGAGAGUUAAUGAUGAAGAUUUGGAAAUGAUUAUUGUAAGAGAUGUCAAUGAAGGAGAGGAGGUUUAUAAUACAUAUGGUACCAUGGGGAAUGCUGCUUUGCUUCAUAGAUAUGGUUUCACAGAACUUGACAAUCCUUAUGAUAUUGUCAACAUCGACUUAGCACUGGUUACUAAGUGGUGCACAUCCGUGUUCUCCAGUCGGCAUGCAAGAGCAAGGGUAUCACUAUGGCGUAAUCUGGGUUAUUCUGGUUGCACCAGCCAAGAUGCCGAGUAUUUUGAGAUUUCAUAUGAUGGAGAGCCCCAGCUUGAGCUUUUAAUCCUGCUUUAUAUCAUCACUUUGAAACCUGAUGUUUAUGACAAGUUGAUCUGUGUGGCUCAUGAUCUAACUGGCAAUGAAGAGCAUGAUAGUAUUAGUAGUGUAGUUAAGUUUGUCAAAGCAACAAGCUCCAACCAAAAUUCUGAACUUAAUGGGCUUGAGAAACUGCCUGUUGUGAAGAAAUUACUGCAUAGCGAGAACAUUUGUUCUGCACUUUUAUCACUUGCUGACAUGAGGGAGAGCCUCUAUGGCUCAAACACUUUGGAAGAUGAUGAGAAAAGGCUGCGAACAUGCUAUUGUGUCAGUGAAAGGGAGCUGUAUCAUUCUCUGGUGCUGCGGGUGAGCGAGAGAAGUAUACUUCAUAGAUUGAGGAAAUAUGCCUCUAGCUGGUCAAAGACCAAGAAGAGGAAACAUACCUAGUGUUUCAAUUUUGAAGCCUACUGUACUCACCAGAAGCAACUUUGAAAUUUUUUCGACCAGCCAGCUGCCUGUAAUUUUUGCUUUUCCGAUUACCAUGCAGUUGUAAUUUUUGCUCUGUUAAGAUAUAAUAGAUUGUGAGGUGGUAGGAUAGCCGAUUGAAUUUUCAUGAGCCAUUUCGUGACUUAAAAUGUUGUGAUGUGUUA